AAAGUUUUGUUUCUACUUUCUCUGGGGUUCACGAGGGAGGGGAUCAGUACAACAACAAAAUAGCAAUACUUAUUUCGCUUUCUGGAAUUACGAGAAACGAAUAAAGACAUCUCGCAGAUUUAAUCAACUUUACAUCGACGUGGUAACGUUAGCUUUAGAAAAUCCAUUCCACGCGUUCGUUGCACUUGCCCCAAAUGCGUCUUCACUCAAAGCUCAUUUCCUGGAUUCGUGAUUUUACUCUAUAACAGCUUCUGCUUUGUGGUACAUCCACUGCAUGUUGCCAUGUGUUCCUUCAGCUUUUGGCAGUGCUGUUGACAACAUAUGUGGAGAUUUGUAUUGCGUUUCUGCAAAUGGAAUAUUAUACUAAUGAUAACAUUUUUGCAUCUCAGUAAGGAGUAUUUGACUCAAACAUGGAUGGAUCAACAAAUAGUCUUGAUGAUAUGUCGGCAGAAAGCAGCACAGGGUUUCCUGACAGGCUGUCGUUAAUGGAGGUACGCCUCCAAGCACAGGAAGAUGAAAUAACGCUACUGAAGUCCUCACUGGCCGACGCCUUACGCAAGCUACGCCUUCAUGACCAACAGAUACCCCUGCUAAAACAGCAGUUGAUUGCUGUGAACCCUGCUGCAGCCCGAGUGUUGAAUCAUUCCUGUUAUGUGGAUGGAUUGUCAAAAUGCAGACUGUCUACAAAUUCCCUUGAUGGAAUUCACCACCUAUCCAACAGCCAUAACUCAUUCACAGCUGAAAAUGGGGAGGGCGGGGCUAAAACCAUUUCCAACCACAAACCGAGCACUAGUGACAGGUGUACACAGACCGAGGCGUGGAUCCCAAUUUACGAAACUGCUCCACUGGCCCUAACACAGGACAUCAAGAGUCUGUCCCUUGAGGAUGCCUUGCCUGAAGUCGUCCCAUUUACAGAGGAACCAUUGACCAAGCUCCACAGAGAAGAGGAAGACAUGGACGAAGAUGAGAGAGAGAAGGACCACACGUGGAGCUCUGUGGUAGAAGAUACCAUCCAGCCCACCACAGUCAGAACCCUCCAGAAACAACAGAGCAAAGGCAGUGAGGACAGCCAAGGAUCAGGCCCUCACACCCCAACUUCCUCCUCUCCAGCACCCCCAAGAGAGACAACCACCAGCCCACAUGGAGGUCCUCUUUCCCCCAUCCAGGAGGGCGAGAAACAGCUGGUAAGGAGAAACAGCGAGAGGCUAACUAAAGACCCCCAAGACAAGACCAAACAGCGGCUUUCUAAGAAAGCAGCCUCAUCUACAAACUUGCUUACUCGUUCUCCAAGUCUGGAGAGCCGGGCAAAAGACCUUAUCUCCAGUGCAGGAUCUCAGGGGUCUAGAAGAGGAACACAGAAUCAGUCAAUUAAGAUGUUUAUUCGGGGGAGACCAAUCACGAUGUAUGUUCCAUCCAACAUUCUAAACUAUGAGGAUCUAAAAAUGGAUCUUCCAUCACAGAAACUGGAAUUGGACUGGGUCUAUGGUUACAGAGGACGGGACUGUCGAGCAAAUCUUUACCUGUUGCCAUCUGGAGAGGCUGUUUAUUUUAUUGCGUGUGUUGUGGUUUUGUACCAUAUCAACAACCAAACACAACGACAUUAUCGCAAACACACAGACUGUGUGCGAUGUCUCGCCAUCCAUCCAGACAAAGUGCGUAUUGCAUCUGGACAGACCGCAGGGGUGGACAAAGAUGGCAAGCCUUUACAGCCUUUCGUACACAUUUGGGACUCCAAAACACUAGUGACACUGCAGCAGAUUGGCCUCGGGACAUUUGAGCGAGGUGUCGGAUCAUUAGCAUUUUCCAUCUCUGAUGGAGGUACAUUCCUGUGUGUGAUCGAUGACUCGAAUGAACACAUGCUUUCAUUGUGGGACUGGAAUAAAAACACAAAGCAUGCUGAGGUCAAGAGCACUAAUGAGGCAGUUUUAGCUGUGGACUUCAACCCUACGGACACAAACAACAUUAUCACUUCUGGCAAGUCCCAUGUAUAUUUCUGGACCAUGAGUGCUGGGACAAUGACCAAGAAACAGGGAAUUUUUGGAAAAUACAAAAAGCCGAAGUUCAUCCUGUGCUUCGUCUUCAGUCUUACGGGUGAUGUGUUGACGGGCGACUCUGAAGGAAACAUUCUUACUUGGGGAAAAUCAGCUGCAGACAUUAAAACAUUAGGAAAAGGAGCAAAGGAGACAUUUCAGAUCAUGAAGCAGACGCGUGCUCAUGAGGGCAGUGUUUUUACUAUGUGUCUCCAGCAGGGUGGCACUAUACUCAGCGGUGGUGGCAAAGACCGUAAGAUCAUCCGCUGGAGUGCAGAUUUGGCUCCUGAAAGAGAGUGUGAGAUUCCAGAGAAAUUUGGGGCAGUCCGCACAAUUGCAGAUGUAGAUGGUGAAGAAUUGCUUGUUGGCACAACACGAAACGCAAUCCUCAGAGGAACUUUUUCUGAUGGGUUUGUGGCCAUUGUGCAGGGGCAUGUGGAUGAAAUGUGGGGUCUGGCCACACACCCCUCUCAGAACAUCUUUCUUACAUGUGGAAAUGAUCGUCAAGUAUGUUUGUGGAAUGCAGAGGAUCACAAACUAGACUGGUGCAUUAUACUAGAGGAGUCUGGUUUGUGUGCUGAUUUCUGUCCCAAUGGAGCUGUUGUGUCUGUUGGACUAAGUACAGGAAGAUGGGUUGUGCUGGAUCUGCAAACCAAAGAAGUGGUAUUAGACCUUACUGACGGGAAUGAGCAGCUGUCUGUGAUGAGAUACUCACCAGAUGGCUGCUUUUUGGCAGUUGGCUCCCAUGACAACUUUAUCUACAUUUACAGUGUCACAGAUGGGGGUCGGCGCUAUAUGCGAUUUGGCAAAUGCACAGGACACUCGAGCUUCAUUACUCACCUGGACUGGUCCAAAGAUGGAAAGUACAUCAUGUCCAACUCUGGCGAUUAUGAAAUUCUCUAUUGGGAUGUUGCAGGUGGCUGCAAGCUGUUGAGGAACCGGUUUGAGAGUAAAGAUCGAGAGUGGGCGUCCUACACGUGUGUGCUUGGUUUCCAUGUCAUGGGUGUGUGGCUUGAGGGCUCAGAUGGGACAGACAUUAAUGCAUUGUGUCGAUCACACAGUGAAAGUAUGGUGGCAGUGGCUGAUGACUUCUGUAAAGUUCACCUGUUUCAGUAUCCAUGUCCCAAACCAAAGGCACCAAGUUAUAAAUAUGAGGGCCAUGGCAGUCAUGUGACUAAUGUACGCUUUACACAUAAUGACAGUCAUCUUCUGUCAAUGGGUGGGAAAGACACCUGCAUUCUCCAAUGGCGAGCUAAAGGGGCAGGGACUGGAGACAAUAAGGAUCAUAUGCACUCCUCCUCUUCGGUCUCUUCUUCCUUUAGCUAUCCAGAAAAUGGAACACAGAGACACAUACCGUGAAUCAUGAGAGGCAUGUAUACUUUUUAGGAAAUGAAACAAGAAUGAAAUGUCUUAUUGCACAAUCUGUUGUGACACAAUCUAUUUUGGAAGGUUAUACCUGCUAUUGCAAAAUAUGUCAACAAUUUUUUUGAGAAGUCAUACAAAUGCAUAACUAUUCACUACCUACAUUCCUAAAUGAACUGACAUGCACCACAUGUUGUGACCAAAUACCUUGUAUUGUGACCAAAUUUGGGUGGAUCCACAUUUUACCCAAGAUAAGCCAAAUUUCACCCCAAAAUCAAAUGAAAUAAGGGUACAAUAUAAAAUGUCUUUUUUUUGUCUAAAAUGAGAUUAUUUUUAUUAUUAAUGAGUUUGGCCCAGUUUUUGCUGGGUCAUUUAUCCAGAAAUUGCAGUAUACUUAUUUUAUCUACAACUUAACUUUUUUUGUUGUUGUCUCUACUUACUUACUGUGCUUUCAUUAAAUUUGAAUUGUGUAGGUUUACAUGUUUAUUUUGCAAAUUUACAUGAUUCCUCAUUACUUUUUUUUCUUAGCCAUUAAAAACUACAUGUGUGUCAUUUAAUAAAGCAUCAAUCAUUUGUCUAUGUGAAGCAUAAUAUUGUUCAGUAGGAUAAUCUAUGCUUUAAUUGCUAUCAGGAAUAUGUCCACUUUCAAAAAACUUCCAAAAGACUUGUAUUUUAUUGAUCAAGUCAGAUGUGAAAAUUUCAAAUUAUUGUUUAUUCAAUAAAUAUGUUUUGAAGUA